CAGAAUGAGACGCCGGUGUUCGCCCUGCCUCUCCUCCUCAGGGCUGACUCGUGGGCCGAGCCUCUUUUCCAGCAUGCGUAUGAGUGGCAGUUUGAGUGUAUCUCAACAACCUGCCAGCACGCCACCAACACCAAGUAACUAUCUCUGUUUUACACUAUUUUAAUGUAUCUAUCAGGGAUAUAUCAUAAAGGUCUAUAAGUGGCAGGUUGAGUGUAUCUCAACAACUUGUCAACAAGCCACCAAGUAAGAGCCACCUUUUAACUUUUAGGGUCAGGUUUCUGGACAUAGAUAUAUAACCUAGUCUUGGACUAAGAAGCACUUUCAAUGGAGAAUCUCCAUCUCUCAUGGAGAAUCUUCAUCUGUCUAUCAGUGAUUUAGUGAUCAAUAUCAUUAUUAGUCGUUAUCUUAGAAGAUCUGUGUUUGACUGUUUCCAACGUUCUUUAGUUUUCAUAAGAAGCCUCUGGUAGUCCUACUGCAAUACUGUAGACCAGGGUUGCCCAACCCUGUUCCUGGAGAGCUACCCUCCUGUAGGUGUUCGCUCCAACCCUGUUCCUGGAGAGCUACCCUCCUGUAGGUGUUCGCUCCAACCCUGUUCCUGGAGAGCUACCCUCCUGUAGGUUUUAACUCCAACCCUGUUCCUGGAGAGCUACCCUCCUGUAGGUGUUCGCUCCAACCCUGUUCCUGGAGAGCUACCCUCCUGUAGGUUUUAACUCCAACCCUGUUCCUGGAGAGCUACCCUCCUGUAGGUGUUCGCUCCAACCCUGUUCCUGGAGAGCUACCCUCCUGUAGGUGUUCGCUCCAACCCUGUUCCUGGAGAGCUAUCCUCCUGUAGGUUUUAACUCCAACCCUGUUCCUGGAGAGCUACCCUCCUGUAGGUGUUCACUCCAACCCUGUUCCUGGAGAGCUACCCUCCUGUAGGUUUUAACUCCAACCCUGUUCCUGGAGAGCUAUCCUCCUGUAGGUUUUAACUCCAACCCUGUUCCUGGAGAGCUACCCUCCUGUAGGUUUUCGCUCCAACCCCAGAUGUUACUAACCUGAUUCAUCUUAUCAACCUGCUAAUUAUUAGAAUCAGGUGUGCUAGAUUAGGGUUGGAGUAAAAACCUACAGGACGGUAGCUCUCCAGGAACUGGGUUGGGCAGUCCUGCUGUAUACUCUGUCAUAUUAACCUAAUGGUCAAUACUGUAGACUAGGUCAUAUUAACCUAAUGGUCAAUACUGUAGACUAGGUCAUAUUAACCUAAUGGUCAAUACUGUAGACUAGGUCAUAUUAACCUAAUGGUCAAUACUGUAGACUAGGUCAUAUUAACCUAAUGGUCAAUACUGUAGACUAGGUCAUAUUAACCUAAUGGUCAAUACUGUAGACUAGGUCAUAUUAACCUAAUGGUCAAUACUGUAGACUAGGUCAUAUUAACCUAAUGGUCAAUCAGGUGAGAGAGCAGGUUUAUAAGCAUCUUGUCCUCUCUCGCUCUCUCUACCUUCAGUAGACCUGGCUUGUAACAGCAUCCGACAUAUCCUGAGGCACAACGUGCUGCUGGGAUAGGCAUGGGAAUGAGAGAAAAGAGAGGGAAUAAGAGAAAAGAGAGGGAAUGAGAGAAAAAGGGAGAGAAGGAAAGAGAAGUGAAAUUAAUAUAUCAAUGUGGUGAUUGUUCUGUACUACUGGAGGAGUGCCCAGUCUUGUGCCCAGAGGAAGAGGAAAGAAUAGGAAAAUGAGUCAUGAAUGAAAACAAACGUUUACUCACCUAAUUCCUUCCUCCUAGUUUCGUGAUUGGUCGUAUUAUGGCUCUUUGAGAAACUUGGCCCGGUAUAAGUUUACCAGUAUAGACAGUGAAGCAGGUAUUGGGCAACAUUUUAGCAGUGCAAAGAGCAAAAAAUACUGUGAACCUAUUGUUCUAAUUAUGAAUCUUCAAGGAACUUGGCCCAGUAGCUACAAUACAGACGGUGAAAAGGGUAACGAUUAGUCUGUUGAAACCUCCAUCCGCUACUUACUGGGGCGGCAGAUAGCCUAGCGGUUAAGAGCGUUGGGCCAGUAACUGAAAGUUUGCUGGUUCGAAUCCCUGAGCCGACUAAGUUAAAAAAAUCUGUCUGUGCCCUUGAGCAAGACACUUAAUCCUAAUUGCGCCUGUAAGUUGUUCUGGAUAAGAGCGUCUACUAAAUGACUAAAAUGUAAAUGUACUCAUUUCAUUCUUCCUGUAGUUUUCGGUUGGUUUCUUUUGAAGAACUUGGCUAAGUACAUGCGCUCCAGCAGGUGUAUCUCACUGGUCAUCCCCAAAGCCAACACCUCCUUUAGCCGCCAUUCCUUCCAGUUCUCUGCUGCCAAUGACUGGAACGAACUGCAAAAAUCUCUGAAGCUGGAGACCCUUAUCUCCCUCACUAACUUUAAGCAUCAGUUGUCAGAGCAGCUUACCGAUCACUGCACCUGUACACAGCCCAUCUGAAAUUAGCCCACCCAACUACCUCAUCCCCAUAUUGUUAUUUAUUUUGCUCAUUUGCACCCCAGUAUCUCUAUUUGCACAUCAUCUUCUGCACGUCUAUCACUCCAGUGUCAAUACUAAAUGGUAAUUAUUUUGCACUAUGGCCUAUUUAUUGCCCUACCUCCAUAACUUACUACAUUUGCACACACUGUAUCUAUAUAUUUUUUCUGUUGUAUUUUUGACUUUAUGUUUUGUUUUACCCCAUAUGUAACUCUGUUGUUGUUUUUAUCGCACUGCUUUGCUUUAUCUUGGCCAGGUCGCAGUUGUAAAUGAGAACUUGUUCUCAACUGGCUUACCUGGUUAAAAUAAGGUUAAAUAAAAAUAAAAAAAAGCAGAUAUUAUUUGUUGAAACCUCCAUCCCCUAUAUUCCUGUGUGAAUUGAAAUUGAAUCGGUCUAGAUAGCUUCUAAUAAUAAUUUAAGUGAGAUGAAAACUACUAACAAAAAGACUCAUUCCCAUACCGGGAGUCGAACCCGGGCCGCCUGGGUGAAAACCAGGAAUCCUAACCGCUAGACCAUAUGGGAAGCUGUGUCUUUCUGUGUUUAACUAGGCAUUUGAAUGGCAACAACAACGAGGUAAUGUUGACACAAAGGGAGGACAUUUCAGAUAAUAAUUUGCAUAAAACAAAUAAAGGGAAAAACUGACUGACUCAACUGGACUAAAGGGUGUAUGCGUGUGUGUGUGUGUCUUUAUUUACAAUGAAAUGUUUUUUUCUUUCAGAUGUAAGAAGACCCUCACCACUUUCACCAAGGUGGUUUCAGAUUGGCACCCUCUCAACGCGGCCCACCAAUCACGUUGCAGCAAGUGUAAUAAGAGGAAGCAGACCAGGAUGUUGGUGCUGGAGAGGUGAGGGUGCGACCUCUAACCUUUCAUACUUGAGUUGGAUCUCAACUAGGGUUGUGGUCAGUUCUGUUUUUUAAUUCAGGAAGUGAAUGAAAUUGGAAUUCUAUUCAUGAAUUGAGAAGUCCUCAUAGAAAACAAUGGGAAACUUCCAAUUCAGUUCCUGGAGAGCUACCAUCCUGUAGGUCUUCGCUCCAACCCUAAUCUAGCACACUUGGUGCUAAUAAUUAGCUGGUUGAUAAGGUGAAUCAUGUUAGUUACAACUGGGGUUGGAGCGAAAACCUACAGGACGGUAGCUCUCCAUGAACAGGGUUGGAGAGCCCUGUUGUAGACAAUUGAGAUGGAGCCAUGUAGUUGAUAUUGUAGACUAUUGAGAUGGAGCCAAUACAACAAUUUCAAAGAGUUUACUGAGUUUUACAGUUCAUAUAAGGAAAUCAGUCAAUUGAAAUAAAUUAAUUAGGCCCCCCACCUCAGACGAUCCCGCAGGUGAAGAAGCCGGAUGUGUAGGUCCUGGGCUGGUUUGUUUACACGUGGUCUGCGUUUGUGAGGCCGGUUGGACAUACUGCCAAAUUCUCUAAAACGACAUUGGAGGCAGCUUAUGGUAGAGAAGUGAACAUUAAAUUCUCUGGCAACAGCUCAGUUGGACAUUCCUGCAGUCAGCAUGCCAAUUGCACGCUCCCUCAACUUGAGACAUCUGUGGCAUUGUGUUGUAUGACAAAACUGGACAUUUUAAAGUGGCCUUUUAUUGUCCCCAGCACAAGGUGCAUCUGUGUAAUGAUCAUGCUGUUUAAUCCGCUUCUUUGAUAUGCCACACCUGGCAGGUGGAUGGAUUAUAUUGGCAAAGGAGAAAUGCUCACUAACAAGGAUGUAAACAGAUUUGUGCACAACAUUUGAGAGAAAUAAGAUUUUUGUGCGUAUGGAUUUUUUUGGGGAUUUUUUCAGCUCAUGAAACAUGGGACCAACACUUUACAUGUUAAGUUUUAUUUUUGUUCAGUGUAGUUGAUAUUGUAGACUAUUGAGAUGGAGCCAUGUAGUUGAUACUGUAGACUAUUGAGAUGGAGCCAAGUAGUUGAUAUUGUAGACUAUUGAGAUGGAGCCAAGUAGUUGAUAUUGUAGACUAUUGAGAUGGAGCCAAGUAGUUGAUAUUGUAGACUAUUGAGAUGGAGCCAAGUAGUUGAUAUUGUAGACUAUUGAGAUGGAGCCAAGUAGUUGAUAUUGUAGACUAUUGAGAUGGAGCCAAGUAGUUGUUAUAGAUGGCUUGCAGUUGACGUAUGAUGCCUCCUGACGGCGAUGUUGGAAGACCCCCGCAGUAAUUCUUUCCGACAACAGCAGCUGAGUUGCUACCACAAAGAGCAUGAAAACAGUGUCUGAAACUGUUUGAUUCAUCACCACAGUCAUUUUCUGUGCAGUAUUUGGCUGCUCUGACAAGGCAGGAAAGACAACGGGGAUGAAAAAAAAUGUUUACGGAUUCCCCACAAUCAUGAAACACCAUUGGUGACACCAAGGAGAUAAGACUCAAGAACUGUCAGAAAAGCGAAGAAACCUGUUUGCCCGUCAAGACCUGAACCCAGACAGCUGUUAGUACAGGGUCUGCUACAAUCAUUUAAUCACUGGUAAGUCAAGUCUGAUCGAUCUUGACUUUAGUUUAGCUGUUAUGCUAAUCAGGUGUUAACAACAACACUAAGUUAGCCAAAAUUAGCUAGCUCGAUAGCUUGAAGUCUAGCUAUUAGCAUGUGUCGCGUGAGUUUCACGUUUUAGGGAAGCAAUUUUUUCACCCUAAAAAUGCACCUUUAUAACAAAGGAUUGCAUGCAUCUAUCAUCACAUUUGCAGACUAAUGUAAGCAUACUAUUCCUAAUGUGAUGAGUAGAUUGGAUAGUCAUAAUUUAGGCUGUUAAUGAGCGUGUAGUGGUAUACCCCUAUAGGCUAUUAAUGAGCGUGUAGUGGUAUAGGCCUAUAGGCUAUUAAUGAGCGUGUAGUGGUAUACCCCUAUAGGCUAUUAAUGAGCGUGUAGUGGUAUGGUAUAGGCCUAUAGGCUAUUAAUGAGCGUGUAGUGGUAUAGGCCUAUAGGCUUUAAUGAGCGUGUAGUGGUAUAGGGCCUAUAGGCUGUUCAUGAGCGUGUAGUGGUAUAGGCCUAUAGGCUAUUAAUGAGCGUGUAGUGGUAUAGGCCUAUAGGCUAUUAAUGAGCGUGUAGUGGUAUACCCCUAUAGGCUAUUAAUGAGCGUGUAGUGGUAUAGGCCUAUAGGCUAUUAAUGAGCGUGUAGUGGUAUAGGCCUAUAGGCUAUUAAUGAGCGUGUAGUGGUAUACCCCUAUAGGCUAUUAAUGAGCGUGUAGUGGUAUACCCCUAUAGGCUAUUAAUGAGCGUGUAGUGGUAUAGGCCUAUAGGCUAUUAAUGAGCGUGUAGUGGUAUACCCCUAUAGGCUAUUAAUGAGCGUGUAGUGGUAUAGGCCUAUAGGCUAUUAAUGAGCGUGUAGUGGUAUAGCCCUAUAGGCUAUUAAUGAGCGUGUAGUGGUAUAGGCCUAUAGGCUAUUUUAGAGAUGUUUCUUUCCUUUGCAAGGGGAAAAUGUGGCCUUUGACAAACAUUUCAUAGAUUUCUACUACACUUUAUAUGACUGGAGACAUUAGCAGAAUCUUUUUUUAAUAUGAUCCAAGUGCCACUCAGACCAUCUGGGAGAAAAGGAUCUGACAUUGAACUUGGUGGUAGUAGCUGUGUGUAUGUUUUAAGCUAAGGAUCCCAUAAUCUCCUUCUAACAGACAUUUCAGGGUUGGAUUUGCACUACACUAUUUAAUGUCAGCACAAGCCAUGUACAACAUCUGGUAUAAUAUUAGCCUCAUAUACAGUGCAUUUGGAAAACAUAUUCAAACCCCUUGACUUUUUCCACAUUUUGUUACUUUAGAGCCUUGUUCUAAAAUUGAUUAAAUUAAAUGUUUUCCUCAUCAAUCUACACCAAAAAAACCCGUAAUGACAAAGCGAAACCAGGUUUUUAGAAAUGUUUUCAAAGUAUUAACAUAAGUAAUCAGACCCUUUGCUAUGAGACUACAAAUUGAGCUCCGGUGCAUCCUGUUUCCAUUGAUCAUCCUUGAGAUGUCUCUACAACUUGAUAGGAGUCCACCUGUGGUAAAUUCAAUUGAUUGGACAUGAUUUGGAAAGGCACACACCUGUCUAUAUAAUAGUUGACAGUGCAUUUCAGAGAAAAAACCAAGGCAUGAGGUUGAAGGAAUUUUCCGUAGGGCUCCGAGACUGGUUUGGAACCACCAAGACUCUUCCUAGAGUUGGCCGCCCGGCCAAAUUGAGCAAUCGGGGGAGAAGGGCCUUGGUCAGGGAGGUGACCAAGAGCCCGAUGGUCACUCUGACAGAGUUUUUCUGUGGAGAUGGGAGAACGUUCCAGAAGGACAACUGUCUCUGCAGCACUCCACCAAUCAGGCCCUUUUAUGGUAGAGUGGCCAGGCGGAAGCCACUCCUCAGUAAAAGGCACAUGACAGCCCGCUUGGAGUUUGCCAAAUGGCACCUAUAGGAUUCAGACCAUGAGAAACAAGAUUUUCUGGUCUGAUGAAACCAAGAUUGAACUCAUUGGUCUGAAUGCCAAGCGUCAAGUCUGGAGGAAACCUGGCACCAUCCCUACGGUGAAGCAUGGUGGUGGCAGCAUCAUGCUGUGGGGGUGUUUUUCAGCGGCAGGGACUGGGAGACUAGUCAGGAUCGAGGGGAAAGAUGAACGGAGCAAAGUACAGAGAGAUCCUUGAUGAAAACCUUCUCCAGAGCGCUCAGGACCUCAGACUGGGGCAAAGGUUCACCUUCCAACAGGACAACGACCCUAAGCACACAGCCAAGACAACACAGGAAUGGCUUCGGGACAAGUCUCUGAAUGUCCUUGUGUGGCCCAGCCAGAGCCCGUACUUGAACAUGAUCGAACAUCUCUGGAGAGACCUGAAAAUAGCUGUGCAGAGAAGCUCCCCAACCAACCUGACAGAACUUGAGAGGAUCUCCAGAGAAGAAUGGGAGAAACUCCUCAUACAGGUGUGCCAAGAUUGUAGCGGGUGGUCCUCUGUAGCUCAGCUGGUAGAGCACGGCGCUUGUAACGCCAGGGUAGUGGGUUCGAUCCCCGGGACCACCCAUACACAAAAAUGUAUGCACGCAUGACUGUAAGUCGCUUUGGAUAAAAGCGUCUGCUAAAUGGCUUAUUAUUAUUAUUAUUAUUAUUAUACCCAAGAAGACUCGAGGCUGUAAUCGCUGCCAAAGGUGCUUCAACAAAGUACUGAGUAAAGGGUCUGAAUACUUGUAUUUACCUGUUUUUGCUUCGUCAUUAUGUGGUAUUGUGUGUAGAUUGAUGAGGGGAAAAAACAAUUUCAAUCAAUUUUAGAGUAACGCUUUAAUGUAACAAAAUGUGGAAAAGGUCAAGGGGUCUGAAUACUUUCCGAAUGCACUGUACAUUGUCUACUGCUAUAGUUUUUUUUAAAUUGAGAACAUAUAGCUCAAGAAUAUGUAAAUAAUAUGUGAGUUAAGCUAUUCUCUGCUUCAGAUGCACAAUGUCAAGGGGUGCAUUGCAAAUGCCCACAAGGCAGCGUUUCCCAAACUCAGUCCUUGGGACCCCAAGGGGUGCACGUUUUGGUUUUUGCCCUAACACUACACAGCUGAUUCAAAUUAUCAAAGCUUGAUGAUUAGUUGAUUAUUUGAAUCAGCUGUGUAGUGCUAGGGCAAAAAAACUAAACGUGCACCCCUUGGCGGACCGAGUUUGGGAAACCCUGCCAUAAGGCUGACGCCAUCAUACUGUAGGCCAGUGGUUCCCAACUCCGGUCCUCCAGUACGCCCCAACAGUACACUGUUUUAUCGUAGCCCCGGACAAGCACACCUGAUUCAACUCGUCAACUAAUCAUCAGGCCCUCAAUGAAUUGAAUCAGGUGUGUUUGUCCAGGGCUCCGUGUGUGUUGUUGGGGGGUACUGGAGGACUGGCGUUGGGAACCGCUGCUGGAGGUCUGUGGCUGCAUUGGCGUUGCAUGUCAUUAUCAGCUGCAAAAUGGGUUCACAUGGCUGACAUCCUGAAAAAAAAGUGACAAUAAAAUAAUACUAAUUGUAGAGCUUACAACUGAACAAAACGUUUAUUUGAGAAUAUAACAGACAUAUUAGACAGAUUGCCUUUAUUGCAGGAUUGUGAGCUGUGAUUUAAUCAACAUUGACGCUAGUUCAUCUUGAAUAAAAAGUUUUAAGGUGACAACUAAAACAAGUUUAAACACUUCACUUCAAAGAAUCAACAGUAUUUCAUAUAAUUUGCACACGUAAACUAACUCGUAUGUAAAGGUUAGGCAUCUUAGUAACAAGUAGGCUAUUAAUUACCAAAGCGUCAUUUUCAGUUGAACAAAAAAACAAAAGUAAAUACCAGAGGUGUGUCCAACCUCGCUCCACUGAUCCCUGAUCUACUGGGUGAGCAGACUUCUGUUCCAGUCCAGCAAUAGCACACUUGAUUAUCAACCAAAUUAGGGUUUGAUACAUUGAAUCAUGUAUGUUGGUGCUGGGCUGGAAUAGACGCCUGCACACCCAGCAGGGUUGGCCUGCUCCAGUUGUAAUAGGUUUCUACAUUGUGUGUGACUUUUUUUUUUUAAUGUAUUGUUCUUCACAAAAUUUGCCAACAUAGGUACACAUAUAAUCCAUGGCAUACAACGAUGUACCCUUUUGUCCCAAGAUAAUUUCAUUGGUACCUCUUCAACUGCAUACAGGGUUUCACAGCUCUCUGGAUCUCUUGACAGAAACACAUCACAAAGAAACGGGCUGCGUUAUACUCAAAUUAGACGGCACUAAAUAUGAUGUUGCUUUAUCUCUCUCUUCUCAUAGUGUUUCUUGCCAGGGACUUGAACUGGAGAGUCUUUUCAUAAUGUCCUCUCACAAAGGACCAGUAGCUGCCCUAUCCAAAGGAGCCUACUGUCCCUUCUCUGACAGAUGGAACUGCUAGCUAACGUUUUCACCCUCUUCCAUGGCUGUUAGCUAGCUAGCUACAUAGCUACAAUUGCGUUUUGAGUUACAAAAAUAAAUACAUCAAAGAUAGGUAGCUAACUAGCUAAUAUGAAGUUAGCUUGCUGGUGAUUUUUUAAUUCACUUGGUUAGCUACACGGUAUGUAAAAUCAGCUAGCGAACAUUACAUUAGCAGCUAAUUUGAGUUAGCCUGCACUCAAAGUUCCUGUAGCUAUCAUUUUUCAAAAUAUAUUUACUUACUUGAAUAGGUUCUCCCACUGCCUCCGUUUUCUGGGUUCUUCCUGACGUUUACGGUGAUGGCAAAACGCAGCCAGCCAUGUGGAUGAUUGGAGGACUUCUACCAGACAUGGCGCCUGGUGCGGUUGCUAGGUGAUUUGUGAAGCAACUGCAAGCACUCUAUUGUCUUGGUUUUUCUCUUUCAUGUUGUCUGUUGCUGAUUUGUUGUUCUGUUACCAGUCAGUGCAGAUGGAGGACAGGAGAUGAGUUCUCUUCAAACGAUCGAGGUGCCAUGUUGUAGACAUUGUCUUGCUUUUCUCUAACUCUGUUUCCUGAGGCUGAUAUCUAUUCUGUCUCUUCUUCCAGGCUGUCUCCUGUGUUUGUGCUGCACUUUGUAGAAGGUCUCCCUGACAACGACCUCAGUGUGUACUCCUUCACCUUCCAGCAGCAGAAAUACUCCGUCACCACCGUCAUACAGUAUGACCAGCAACUCAAGCACUUUGUCACCUGGAUACGCAGACCAGACGGUCAGUGUGGCUUUCUCAUUUAGUUCAGUAUAAAUUUAUUUAUCCCUUCAGGGGCAGUUAAGACUGUCAUUUCAUUCAUGUAGUUUGUUGUUUUUUACUGGUCAACAAGUUAAUUUGUGUUAUUUUUAAAAGGUAUACUUCAGGAUCUUGGCAACUUCCCCAGAGUCAGAUGAACUCAUGGAUACCAUGUUUAUGUCUCUGCGUGCAGUUUGAAGGAAAUUGCUAACUAGUGUUAGCGCAAUGACUGGAAGUCUAUGGUAACUACUAGCAUGCUAGUAGAUUGCUAGUUAGCAUUGGCUCGCGAAACUACCUCAGACUUCCUUCAUACUGGAUGCAGAGACCCAAAAAUGGUAUCCAUGAGUUCAUCUGACUCAGGAAGUAGAUAAAGGGCUUGAUUGCCAAAAUCUCAAAGUAUCACUUUAAGAAUGCCAUAUAUAGCUUAUUCAUACCUCCAUUAUCAACAGAUAGAAACAAAUAUAUUUCAUAACUGAAAGGUCAUGUCAGUGUGUCUAAUCAUGUGUAGCAUUUAUAAAAUGCCAAUCAGUAGGUCUCUUUACGUUGUGUUGGGGUAACUCUAUAAAAGAGAUGGACAGCACACCAAAAAUACCUUCAAUAAUCAAUUUAGCACCUUCCUACUAUUGAGGAAUGAUCUGAGAGUGAGCAUGUUAUCUAUUCGUCUGUGACUGUAAUAACUCUCCCCAUCCACCACCAGUGUAUACCACCCAUUCCUCUGUGACUGUAGUAACUCUCCCCAUCCACCACCAUUGUAUAACACCCAUUCCUCACUUUCUUCACUCUUCCUCUUACUGUCUCUCCCCACAGGAUCAUGGCUGGAGUUCGACGAUCUGAAGCACCCUAACUGUGUCUCCCACACCCAGCUGGUGGUCCCUCCUAGAGAAAUCCAUGUUGUCUUCUGGGAGUUGAAGACCAACAGACCGGACAACCCACAGACACCCUGCUCUCCCCCUGUAUCCCUGACAAGCACUUUCCUGAUACAGAAAGAACUGAAGCAACCUCCCUUAGCCAAACUCUUUGUCAACAAUGAAUCUCAAGACAUCUCUCAGACGGUCUCUGACGAUGCGGACACUGACAUGGACACCACCAUAACUGCUGGCUAUAUUGAUAACGUUAUGGACACAACGUUAACGAAUAACGUUGACUCUCCCGUCUCCAUCGGUUCCACCACCGUGCUUCCUGGCGUACCGGUUCAGUCCUGUGACCACAACCUUUCUCUCCCCCUCCUUCACAACGACACGGCCAUUGUCGAGGCAUUGACGGUGUCUGAUGAUACCGACAACGACAUCAUGGACACCACGGUAACCAUUGGUAACUCAUCCAUCAGUAGCACCACACUGCUCGACACCUUCGAGGGCCUCUCCCACGAUGACAUCGUCACCCUGACGCUCGUAGAGGUCCAAGUUGACUCUGAUGGGAGGCCGUUGGACGACAACGUCUCCCUAGCUCCCAGGCAAACUGGAGACCUCACUUCUCCUCGACCUGCUCCUACACCUGAGGCUGAGAACCCCGCACCUGCCCGUGAAAUGCCCCCUGAAACAGAUGAUGACAUUGUCAUCAAAAGGCCAACGUCCCCCGACACUGCCAGUGAGUUUCUCCUUGACAACAGUGACGGUCAUUCUGAGCCCGACUCUGAAGAGCCCACUCCUCCUAGUCCUCCCAAGCUCAGAAGGGGCAGAAGCACCCGCAGUAAACCCAAAAUGGUAGCAUCCAACACUCCAGUUGCACCAGCAGCUAAGGUGGUCACAUCAACAACACCACCAAGAACAGCUACACCAAUGGCACUUACUGGAAACUGUGGCGGAAUAAUCCUGCCCUCAGUUGUAUCUAUGAUGUCACCAUCAUAUGUGGAACCCAGCACCCCAGCACCAGAGUCCCCUACUCGUUGCUCUCCCCCGCCCCACUCCAAACCCGCUAAUACCUCCACGUCUCUGCAGAGCAAACCCGGCCUUCCUCCGCCCCUGGACCCCAACUCUCGCUGGUCCUACCUGCUUAGCCGCCACCCCACCUCCACCCCAACUCCCCCCAGAACCCAGAGACCACCCAGCCACUUCAACCACUCAACACCCAACCAGUUCCAGCAGCUUUCACAGAGCAGGCAGACCCCAAAGGUGUCUCCCCCCAACCCAGACGCCAGGCUGAAGAAGCCUCCGCCUCUACCCAAACCCAAACUGAGUAAGGUGGACAACGAGACCCUGCCGGUGAAGGCUGCCGAGAUGUACGGAAGGUUCCAGGCCAGGAGCAGGAACGUCAAUACAAACAUAAACGAUGUCCCCUCCAAGACUUCACCUCCCACCCAGCUCCUCUCUCAAAGAACUGACCCUCAAAAUGGCGUCUGGAAGACACCAAGUCAACCUGCCGCCCUUGUCUCGCGAAAACCCCCUAUCAACCACACCACUUCAGCAGUGCCUAUUAUGACCUCACUUCCCCCCUCUCCAGGAGUCACUGAGCUCCCUAGAAUCUCUUCCUCCAGGAAACACAGCCCCGGAGGCCAGGUCUCGAAAGUUCCGGCUGGCCUCAGUGAGACGGAGGCCCUCAGGUACAAGCUGCUGAAGAAGCUGAAAGCCAAGAAGAAGAAACUGGAGAAGCUGAAUCAGAUGUUGGGGUACCCCGGGGGGGGAGUGACCUGCAGACCAGACAUGGCUGAUCGGAAUCCCUCCUACACCGUGAGCUCUAGUACCUCUGUCUACGACAGCCCCGCAUACGACGAGUUCUUCGCCGACCUUCUGUCGCCCGCGACGACCGCAAGCAACCUAUCACCGGACAGCACAGGCUUCCUGGAGAUGCUGACCACCAAUGGUCAAGAAGGGGGCGGGGACUUGGCAUGUGGGGGGAAUGGUGUUGUUGGAGCCUCACAGGUGGUGACACCUGUGACCUUGCAACCGGCCAGUCACUAUGUAGUAGUGCCACAGCCUGAUCUAGCCGGGCCAAUCACAACCUCUGGUGAGAACUUCCUGGAAGAGUUCAUAUCAGGUUCGGCCAAUCAGCAG